ACCUUCAAGGUGGUGGUUCCAGGCGAGGUGGGCGUGCUCAAAGCGCCGGUGCUGGGCCAGCGGCCGUACAACGCGCUGGCCAUCAUACACACGCAGCAGAGCAACACCUUCGACAUGCUCAACUCGCUCACCACCAGCGUGGCGAACCAGUCAGGCGUGGGCGUGGUGGGCGGUUUCCGGCGCCGCAGCUCUGGACAGGGCGCGCUUUGCGACCCCGAGCUGGACGACAGCGGGAACAAGCUGGUGGCGCGGUUAGAGGACGACCCCUUCCUCUCUGAACAGGACUUGGAGGAGAACAUAGGUGAAAUAGCCACAGCGACCGAGAAGUGUCUACCGCAGGACGAGGAGGGCGAGGAACAACCGCAAGAGAAACAAAAUGGGUACAUCGAGUUGGAUAAGCUUGACCAAGACAAGGACAAGCAGAAACAAGAUAAAGAAGACGAAGAGGAACCCAUUGGAGUUUCACCUUGCGGCAGGUUCUUCAAGUACGACAAGGAGGUGGGUCGCGGGUCGUUCAAGACGGUCUACCACGGGCUGGACACGCAGACCGGCGUCGCCGUGGCCUGGUGCGAGUUGCUGGAGAAAAAGCUGAACAAAACGGAGCGUCUGCGCUUCCGCGAAGAAGCGGACAUGCUGAAGAAACUGCAGCACCCGAACAUCGUGCGCUUCUACAACUACUGGGAGGGCACCGUCGCCAAGAAGAAGAACAUCGUGCUCAUCACAGAGCUCAUGCUCUCCGGGACGCUCAAAGCGUAUCUGCGCCGCUUCAAGCGCAUCAACCCGAAGGUGCUCAAGUCGUGGUGCAGGCAGAUCCUCAAGGGCCUGAACUUCCUCCACUCGCGGACGCCGCCCAUCAUCCACCGCGACCUCAAGUGUGACAACAUCUUCAUCACGGGAACAACUGGCAGCGUCAAGAUUGGCGACCUUGGGUUGGCAACAUUGAAGAACAGGAGUUUCGCCAAGUCUGUUAUUGGCACGCCUGAGUUCAUGGCGCCGGAGAUGUACGAGGAACACUACGACGAGUCGGUGGACGUGUAUGCGUUCGGCAUGUGCAUGCUGGAGAUGGCCACCGGGGAGUAUCCCUACAGCGAGUGCAGCGGCCCGGCGCAGAUAUACAAGAAAGUUGUCUCGGGAGUAAAGCCGCAGAGCUUAGAGAAGGUGACGAUACCCGAGGUACGCGAUAUCAUCGAGCAGUGCAUCCGCCCCAAUAAGACUGACAGGCCGAAGGUGAAAGACCUGUUGAACCACGAAUUCUUCGGCGAGGACAUCGGUCUGCGGCUGGAGAUCGUGGGCCGCGACCUCGUCACCUCCUCCGACAUCACCAAGAUACAGUUCCGACUCAAGAUCAUCGACCCUAAGAAACGGUCGUACACGCACAAGGAGAACGAAGCGAUCCAGUUCGAAUUCGACAUGGAGCGUGAUGACUGCGAGGAGGUGGCCAACGACAUGGCUAAAGCGGGGCUGAUCAUGGAAGAGGACGCGAGGAUCGUCGUCAAGCUGCUCAAGUCGCAACUCAUCAGCCUCAACCGUGAGAGGAGCGAGAAGAAAGCCCAGAUGCUAUUCAACCAAGAGCUGAUCAACGAACAGAAUCGGCAGCAGCAGCUAUUAUUAGAGUCGCAGUUGAGGCAGGUGAAAAUGAUCCAAAACCAACAGCAAGCGGGUCCCGUGGAGCAAGUUAAAGCUGGUCUUCUCAACGGAGUGGGCUCGCCGCAGGGGCUAACAGCCGUACAGCUCGAUCAACAAUCCCAGCUCCUCCAGGCGCAGCAACAACUUCUCCAGCUUCAACAACUUAACAACGAGGACAAAGCCAUGAAGAUAUUUCAACACAACCUUAUGCAAGCCCGCAUGUCUCCCUCUACGCUCUCCGACCAACAAAUACUCCAGCAACAACAGGUCCUCUUAGAACAGAAUCUACUCAACCAACAGCAGAUAUUAGAACACACAGUCCAAGGACAAAUGAUGGAACAACAAGCGCAGAGUUACCUCGAACAGAACCCUUCGCAAACACAACUACAACCCAACGUUCUCCUCAAUCAACAGCUCGGUAUAGCCAACGAGAUUAACCAACAAAAUCAAGUUCUACAACAACAAAUUAUUCAACAACAACAGAAUAUCAUAGCUCAACAGGCCGUCGCUAUACAACAGAAGCAGUUAGAAGAACAAAUAGCAGCUCAAGAGAACAUAGUUCCACAAACGAAUCUCGUCUCCGGGCAAAUCUUAGACCCCUCGUUACAGAACCUACAGAAUAUACUAGCCCAAAUAAUCCAAAGGCCUGAUGCAAUGCAGUCUAGAAAGGAAUCCGAAUCAGAAACACAACAGCAACAACCCAUGCAACAACAGAAUCAACCGAUGCAACAACAGAACGAGAAUAUGGAGAUGCAACAACAACAACUGACGCAGGAGCAAGAGAUACAGCAGAAGAUGCAGAAUUUGUUAGGAGCCCAGAUGCAACAAACUAGUCAAAAUUACCAACAACAGCAAUUUAUGCAACCAAAUAUAUUGAACGCUGUCGACCCUCAGCUAUUAGCUCAGCAACAACAAGUGGCGCAGGCACAACAGCAAGUCGCGCAAGCCCAACAACAGCUCAACAUGCAAAAACAAAUGUUAGCGCAGCAACAACUAGUCCUCCAACAACAUAUGCUGACACAACAGCAACUACAAAUGCCUGGUCAAACUUUAUCUCCGCAACAUUUCCGUAAUUUACAACAACAACAAUACCUAGCCCAACAAGAGUUGCAGUUGCAGACGCAACAGAACAUCAUAGACCAACAGAACUUGGCUUUGUUGGCUCAGAAGCAACAAUUGAUGGGACAACAACAACAGAAGGUUGAAGAGAUGUUGCGUGCUCAACGUCCUGUUUACCAGAGACAGGGUUCAGAACAGAGUCAAAUAAGCACAGUCGAGCACGAUCAACAACAAAACAUGAUGGACUAUAACAAGCCCGCGUUACAACAACAGAUGUCCAUAGAUCAGUACCAAAUGCAGCAAAUGCAAGGCCAGUCUCUCCCCCACAACAUGAUGGGUCUAAACAUGAACGUACUGCAGAACGACAGGCAGAUAUCUAGUCAUGAAGGCACUCCGGUGCAGAAUUACUCUGCCAAUCCUCUGCAAAUGUACCAACAGAACCAGGUACAACAGAUCGUUCACCAAUCCGUGCCUUCUUCUAUGGGGCAAGUUCAAUCUAUGGCCCAAGAGUCGGUUAUGAACCAAGUGUCUCAAGUGCAGCAGUCGCAAGUCAAUCAGAUGCAAGCGCAAGUGCAACAAGUCCCGCAGUCGGUGCCCCAAGUGCCACAAUCUCUCCCACAACAGACCGCUCAAGUACCUCAAGCGCCGAUAACCCAAUCUAUUCCCCAACCGGUACAAUCUAUGGCUCAGACAAUACAAUCCGUACCUCAACAGCUCACUCAAGUGCCACAGUCUAUGGCUCCGACCUCCCAACCGAUGCCUCAGCCCAUUCAAACGGUACCCCAAACUGUGCCACAAUCCGUACCCCAACCCCAAACAAUAAUACCCCAAACCCUUCCAUCUGUCCCUCAAACUUUACCUACAGUUCAGCCCGUGCAGUCGCUGCCUCAAGAACCUAUACAACAACCUAUGCAGCAGCAAUUGAACCUGCCUCCGGAGGAGAACGGUUACCAUGGCAACGGCAAGGAGCAGUUCCACACGCCAAUGAGCGAGUUCCCCUCAGGAGCUACUCACGGUGAAGCCAUAAUGAAACCAGAGUUGAGCUCAGUUGAAGAGAAGCAGGCGGAAACGCAGCAGGAUGUGGGUACAGCAAUACCAUCACCAAUUACAAGCGAGAAAAAGUCCCGUAGCUCGAAGAAGCGGUCGCGAGAGAAAGAGAAGUUUCCCAAACUAUCAGUGUUGGAGAGAGAGGCAGAUACUCCGGCCACCACGGUGCAGUGCCAAUUAGAGUCUAAGACAAAGACCGUACAGUUCAAGUUCGAUGUUACUGAUGUCAAUCCUGAAGAGAUUGCUACCAAUCUGAUAUCCAAUAACCUCCUUCCGGAGUGGCAGAGCGCGGCGUUCAUGGAGCUGAUCAAGGACAUCGUGAGUCAAGCGCUCGCCAACCCCGGCGCCACGCCCGUGCUCAGCCCGGCGCACCACUCCGCGCUGCGGCUCAACAUCGAUAAGACGGACUACGACUCCGAGACGACGGAGCGCGAAGAGAACCUCACAGAUUCCAACCAGGACAACUCUGAAUGCACCACGCCGACGGCAUCGCACGACAACAUCGCGGCCGAGCUGGCCCUCGACCCGGCGGAGCCCGAACCCGAGCCGCCGCACAAGCCCCCGCACAUCGACACCAUCUCCCGCAAGAUUAGCACCGCCUCCUCCAUAGGUUCAAACCAAUCCGACGGCGGAUCGACGCUACCUGAGCGCUCCGGCAGCGCUGAAUCGAAUGGCGACAAAAAGCCACAGAAACCCUCGAGAAAGAUAUCCAGAUUUCUAGUCAGCCCCGUUGUCGACCGGGGCGAGGAGCCCCACGACAAAGCUGUGAUAACCGAAGAAAAGAAGCUACCUGAGCCCGCCAAAGAACGCGUCGACACGCAAUUAAACGGUCUUCCAGAAAAAGACGUCCAGAAACCAGUCGUUCCACAAGACAACUAUGUUCCUACUCACCAGUAUUCCGUCUCAUCGCAAAUAUCCCACACGCCACAAACAUUAACAGACCACAGGCCUAUGGAGUUGAAACCAGAGCCUGUCAAUCAGAUGCCCCCACCCACUGCGGUCACAGUUCAGUCCGUACAACAGACAUUACCUACGACGUUCCAAAACGUCAUCAACCCUAACCUUCUUAACCCUACGUUGCAGAAUAACUUGACCAACUUAACGACUCCUCUACAAAUAGCAACAGACACUCCUAUUCUAGGGUUGAGUCAAGUAGGGACGCCAAUGGGUGCGGAUUUGGGUCUGAAUAUGGGGUUGAAUCAGGUGCCGGGUCUGUCGGACCCGAUAGCACUAAGGUUGACGCAACCGACGCUUACCCCGACGCCGGGCAUGUCGACUGACUCGCUGCCCAACGCCGAGAAUAUACAGAGGAUGCUGUUGAAACAGAACAUUAUGAACCAACAACAGAACCUAUCGGGUCCCAACCUACUGGGUCUACUCAACCAGCCGCAGUUUCCGCAACCCGACCUGUCGCUCACCAACACCAUACUCAACAACGGACAGCAAGUGCAACAGCAAACGUUCCCUAGCGGCAUGGGCGUGGGCGGCGUGGGCGCGCCUGUGGUGGGCGGCGCGGGGUUCCCGCUGGGGCUGGCGCUGCUGCCGCCCCAGAACAUCCUCGCGGCGCAGAACCUCGCGCUUAACCAGAACCUUAUGACACAGAACCUCUCGCAGAACCUCGGUCUAUCUACUCAGAACCUAGGCCUAGGCGGUCAGAAUCUCAUCGGCGGUCAGAACCUAGGCCUAGGAGGUCAGAACCUUGGCCUGAGUGGUCAGAACCUGGGCCUGGGCGGUCAGAACCUGGGCAUCGGCGGUCAGAACCUCGGCCUGAUGGGGCAGAACCUCGGGCAGCUGGUGGCGCAGCGUGCUGUGCACAACGCGCUCGCGCGCCGCGCCGUUGACAUGGAGAUGGCUGGUAUGACGAACGUGAACUCGACAGGCUCGUCGCAACCGAGCACGCCCAACAAGUCGCAGUCUUACAACGAGUACAUGCUCUCCCUGCAACACAAACUCGCCUCUAUCUCCAACAGCGGUCCGGUGUCCCCACAGUCUCCCCUUGAGUACAGUCCCGCUCUGUCGCCCACACACAGAGGCAUACCACAACAUAAGUCGGAGGGCGUGGAGACGAGCGCGGGCGAGCAGGCGGCGCGGCAGGCGGCCAGGCAGGCGGCGCGGCUGGCCGACCUCGACCACGAGCUCAGCAAGAUCAGCCUGCACUACAAACAUGCACCGCAGAAGGAUGUGUUCAUAGAACACAGCACAGAAGAGCAUGAGAUGCUCGGAGCCAACAUCAACGACAGCGCGGUCAACACAUACGACGAGCUGGGCGGGUCGUGGGAGCGGCUGGGCGUGGCGCGCGCGGCGCCGUGCCGCGGGUACGCGCUGUGCCGCCUGCUGCCCGCACACCUCGCGCCCGCAAAAGAAAAACUGGAUAUGCUAUCCCAGAGCCACGCGUACCCCGACGGCGGGCUGGACGAGCUGUCGCUGGACAACGCGUCGCUGUGGUCGGAGGCGGGCGACACGUACGUCAUCACGGACGCGGCGCGCGCCCGCACCUACCUCGUGACGGACGCGCUGCACGACCGCGCCGCCACCAUCAUCGACCCCAGCCGCGGCCCGCACGUGGAGGCUCCAAAGCCGUCUCCAACAUCUGAAGACCCCGACCGCAGCUUCCUCAUAGUGGACGCGGCGCGCUCGCUCACGUGCACGGUCAUCGACCGCUCGCUCGACCUGCCGCAAGACCCCGCCUUCGCGGGCUUCGUCGAGGCGCGGUAUACCGCGCCAGUGGAGACUGAGGAUGCUAAUGGGAACGCAGUAUCAGCAACGGAGGAGCUGUCGCGGUGGAAGAGCUUGGAGCCCGAGGGCGCGGUGUGGCGCGAGGGCGCCGCGCUGGCGCCGGCCGAGGCCGCGGCCCGCGCCGCCGCGCCGCCCGCCGCCGCCGCCGCCGCGCCGCCCGGCCUGGCCGCCAGCCUCGUGCUCACGCACGCGCUCACCGACACCGUACUAUGUCGACAGUUGGUGGUGGUGUCGGUCGCGGCGGCGCAGUUAUGACAUGUGUAGCGGAUCACCUUGUACCUUAUAUUUAUUGUACGCUGUAACAUAUACUAUAUCUAUAUCAUUACUCGUAAAUAAAAUAUUCAUAUGUGAUAUCUAGAA